CGGACGGGUCGCGGUCCGACGACGUGUCGACUGUCGGGUGCAAGCUCAUCAGCCUGCUGCCAAGCCGCAUGGUGCACCUGCGUCGCGAGCGCGAACAGCUGGCGCAGCGCAUCGCCGAGCUGCAGCGGCAGAAUGAGCGCAUCGAGCAGAAACUAGCGCGCAUGCGCACGGAGCGUAGCGAGCACCGGCGCCGCGGCCGCGAGGAUAGCACGGCCAAGCGGCACCUGGAGCAGCGCGUGCAGGAGCUGGAGCUGCGCGUGCAGCAGGAGCAGGCGCUCCGGAUGCAGCCCAGUCCUUACUUCACGGAGACAGUCGGUAUGGCAGACGCUGCCGAGAAUUCUGAGACGCCAUCAGGCAACAGCGUCCCAGCCGCUUGUAGCGGUGUUGCGAACAAUGCCCGCCUCAGCGGGAGCAGCGCCACCGUCGCGGCAAGCAGCACACACGGCUCUGACGCGUCGGAGGCUACGCUCGUGGAGUCGGGCGGUGACGCUGGCCCGUUGGAGCCAGCUGACACCACUCUCACGGACCGUCACCUCGCAUCGACGGGAGGCAGCCUCACGGCUCGAAACGAGAUAACGGUCACAGAACACAGUGAAGCCUCCGGGCAGGAAGAAGUCGACGUCACAGAGCGAAGGGAAGAAGCUGUCACAGGGCGCAAUAACGCCAAGGAACAGGACGUGGCCCCUGUCACAGCGAGGAGCGCGGCCAUGGAGCGGAGAGAAGCCACUGACACAGAGCGGAGAGGGGUCACGGCCACAGAACGAAACGACGUCACGGAACAGGCCGUGCCCACUGCUGCAAGGCGGAGCGAAGCAGCGGAGGCGGACAACGACACAGGCAGAAGCCACGACCAGGAACGGAACGAGUCAGACCAGCCUGGGGAGGCCUGGCAGGGGAGCGCCGCGGAGCAGGCCGCGGUGCCGAGCGGCAGCGGCAGCGCCGCGGCCGGGGCGACGGGCAGCGAGCCGGGCGAGUCCGAGUUCGGGCGACUGCAGCGCCACCUGACCGACGCCAGGGCACAGCUGCGCUCCGUCCAGGCGGACUGCAGCACGGCCAGGCGGGAGCUAGAGCGGAUGCAUGCCCAAAUGAGCAGCGACGACCUCGCCCGGGCUCCACCCGCCAAGGAUUUGAAGGAGUCGGCGCACGCUUCUGACGAACUACAGGAUUGUCGCCCCGCGGUGUGCUGCGCAUGGCACGGUGGACGCAUGAACUACGAGGAAUUCAAAAGACGUCUGGCCGGCCCGCUCGACCGCCGGCCCGCGUCCGGUACGGCCGGCAAACACCGGACCCGGCGCCUCGCCAGCUGCCAGAGCUGUCAGGCCCCGUUCCGUUUGCUGACCGCCCGCCGACACGGCUGCCGCUCCUGCGCCGGUGUGUUCUGCAGGGGGUGCGCCUGCGUCGUGAUCCACCAGGCGAGGCGGAAAGUGAGAAUCUGCGUGGAAUGCUUCUACAAGCUCACUCAGCCGUCACAGUCUUCGGAAAAGGACCCACGAGGCGAAGAAGGUGUUUCCCGCUGCGCCGACAGAGCGCGGCUGUCCGGAGGCUGUCGGCCGCCGGCCGGGGGGACGGGUCGGUCCGGCGCACCCUCCAGCUCCAGGUCCGGCCGCCUGCGAGACGGACGCCUCGGGCGGGCCGCCUCCGAACCGGCCGGCAGCAGCGGCGCAUCUGCCGUCAGCGACAGGUGCUGACGUCACAGUUGAAGAGCUACCUGUCUAGAAGGCAGAGGUAUUGUGCAAAGCCUGGCUCGAACCCUAGUCGUGUUGGCAGCCGUGUAACUCCGUAUGGUGACAGGGACGCCCUGUGGUCGAUAUACAGGCGCCAGCCUUAGGCACAGAAUCCCUACUCGGUACUGAAAAUGCCAUCUAGUCGAAACGUCAGGACAGACUGGCGUCCUGUUCGUCAGAACAGACCAGCGUCCUGUUCGUGUGCAUUUGCUCACAACCCGAGGCCGCCCCCGAAGGUGGCAACCGACAGCGCGACACGCGAGCACUCGGGGCGUCUUGCCAUCGAUCGUUAGAAAAGCGUUCAUGCCGGCUCCACGGCUCGGGGUGCUGGACACGCCGGAGUCGGGGGAGCGUCGCCAGGAGACCGAGGCGCCGGGCGCGCCGAAGUCAGCCACGGUCCGAGACCGGCGUCGGACGCGCCGGAGUCAGCCACGGUCCGGACCGGCGCAGGACGCGCCGGAGUCAGCCACGGUCCGAGACCGGCGCCGGACGCAGAACGUUCACGGCACCGCCGUGCCUUCGAGAUGUGAUAUAUUGCGCUUGUGUGAUGAAAGCUUUGCACGUGCGUUUUCGUCGUCCGCCACUCUUUCAUAUCUAUGAUUGGAGGUAAGCGACAGACAUCAUCGCUCGACAGCCCCGAUCAUCUUCCACUGGGGCCGGAAAAGGUCUGUGUUAACCCGGCAGACUUUCUUCGUACUUACCGAGCGCAACCUGGCAUCUUGUCAGCCCACCGUGAAUUACAGCACAGCGAAUUGCGCAUCCUCCUGAACUACACUACACAUUAACGAUGCAGUCUUUACGCCAGGUUACAUAUACCCGUAGCUUUCAGGUUGGUUGCGCUUAGCGGACGAGCUCAUGCCGGUCACAUGAUGCGCGAUCCAGCGCUUAGUUUGUUCGUUAGCGCUCAGUGUGCGGUGAAGGCCUGUAAUGGUGGCACUGACGCGCUGCCGGCCUAUUGUCGGCCGGUAGCCUAUUGUCAAUCCACUUCACGUGCCGCGCACAGGAGUCCGAGCGGUGCUCACGCAUGGUUGGAAAGCCUUUCUUGCCACAUAUCUAUUACAGCUCUGACUUUAGGAACACAUCUAGGUGUGUUGACUGUGUUCGAUUUGUUGUGCUUGUCCAUCUGUACCCUAUAAUUUCCAUCAUGGAGAGUUGUGCUUCUUGCUGGUUUCUUGCCAUCGUGGAGUCGGGCAUUCGUUUUCAUGCUCAAUGUUUUCAAUAAACGAA